UUUACGUGCGACUUAUCCCCGGAAUCCUCCCGGAGAUAGCGGCCAAGGUCGGCGCUCGCUGUUAUGCCGCUUUCGGAAAGGUGGGCUUAACACCGAACAACACGAAGCGCACUCAUUGGCUGAUGACACCGAGAUUCUCGGAGGUUAGAGGGGAUGGCCGGGGCUUAGGACGGGUGUAGGGCGAAAUGACGACAACGCGACCAGUUUCGUGGCAGCAUGCAACACGGUGACAAAUGGUAGAAUGGAAUGGCAUUUCGAUUUCAAAUUCUCUUGUCUCCCAAUGUAUACUUAAAGCCAACAUGAUCCGACACUCUGCCGCCUCUCAUUCCAUCAACUCACAGCAACAUCACACCUUUUAAUGAUCAGCUCACAACUCUACCCGCGGCAUCCCACCAGACCAGCGCAUCUCGGCCACAGAAGCCAUCCCGGCCAGCAUCACAUCCAAACAUUCACAAUGUCUUCUCCCAAGGUCAUCGUCUUCGGCGCCACGGGCACCAUCGGCCCCUUCGCAGCCCGGACCGCACAAGAGCAAGGCGCCAAGGUCUACCUCGCCCUGCGCGACACAGAGAAGCCCAUCCCCGGGCUCAGCGCCGCCGACGAGGCAGCCGCCGGCUUUGAGCGCGUGUACGCGGACCUGACGAACCCCGAGACGCUGCGGGCGGCCGUGGCGCAGACGGGCGCGACGCGCGCCUUCCUGUACAUGGCCUCCGGCACGGCAGACCACCAGCGGGCGGGGUUCGAGGCCCUGCGGGCGGCAGGCAUCGACUUUGUCGUCUACCUCAGCAGCUACGCCAUCAGCGCGGCGCCGCAGGGCCCCGCCGCGCGCGCCAUCCCGCCGAGCCUGCCGCUGGCCUACGCCCACGCGCAGGUCGAAAUCGCCAUCGAGGACGUGUUUGGGCUCGCCGGCUUCGUCGCCCUGCGCCCCACCUUCUUCGCUCGCAACGUGCUGCCGUGGUUCAAGAAGACGGUGCCCACCGAGGCCGGCGGCGUCCACAUCCACCUGCCCUACCCCGAGGCCGUGUGGGACUUCAUCGCGCCCGAGGACAUUGGCCGCGUCGGUGGGAUCGUUCUGGCCCAUGGGCCCGCCGCCUACACCGGGCCGUCGGCCAUCACGCUGUCCGGGCCGCGGCUGCUCUCGCAGGAGGAGGCCGUGGCGCUUGUUGGAAAGGCGCUCGGCAAGGACAUUGCAGUGACGGGGCUGCGCGACCAGGACGCACUUGACUACUUAGUUGCCGGUGGUCGCCCGGCGUUCCUGGCCAAGGGGUUCGUCGAGAUGCUUAGCACGCCGUUUAACUAUUCCGGGCACCAGGAGGCGGCUGCGAAUGUGGAGAAGUACGGCGGCAGGGCAUCCACCACGUUUGACCGGUGGGUUGAGGACCACAGGUCGGAGUUCCAUCUUUAACUGGGACGAAAUGUCAACAUUUUAAGCUUGCAUAAAGAGAGAAGGGAACAUAGAGGAGUUGCAGAGGAGUUGCAUCAUUCAUUCAUAUAGAAGAAAUUAGUGUCAUGUCGUCACCUGAAGUACCAUUGACCAAGGGCGUACUCCAUAAUUACCGACUGUCAGACGUCAUUGUGUGGCACA